CACGAGCAACACCGAUGACAAUCUUUCGGCUUGCACCUCCUCACCCUCCCCCGUGCUCACCUCCAUAUCUUCGGCCAUUCCAAUUCCUUCUUCGUCUUCCAACUCCAACGAUUAUGAUGUCAUCUCCACCAAGCCCGAAGAUUUUCCUUUCAACUUUGGCGCAACCGCUGAAGAAUUACAUUCGCAAUGCAUGAACGGUCGAAGAGGUUUCAUAAGUCCCGGGAAACCGCCAAAUCACACGAGUCGUCCCGUGGCGAGGCCACGAACGAGUUAUAAUAAUAAUAGUUCAUUCGGUCCUCACGGUUCGUCAACGUUUAAGAAGACCGGUGUCUCAACUUUCAAGCAUAACGAUACCAAGCGAUACUGCCGACGAUUCAGAUGUGGAUUCCGUGUCCUCAUCCGUCACGACAACCUCGCCAA